CCUCUGUAAUGUCCAGCAAGGACAAGCAAUGUGCAGACUACCAAAAGCUUUUGAUUGAAGAGAGCCAGAAGUAUAAAGCACUUUCUGAAGAAGUUACGAGGCUGCAAAAUCUUCAUCAAGAGGGACAUUUUAAGGGUGGCAAUAGAGAUAAUAUACCAACUGUCUCUCCUAGAAGUGCACAAGUUGCAGUAGAAAGGGUUUCUGGUAACUCCACUAGAAUGAUGACAAGAAAGCAUGGCAGGAAAUCAGCUGCUGAGACUGACGACAGCAUCAUUACACCUGAUUCAGCUAAUGGUAAAGUUUCCAUGUCAUGUGCUUUGACGGAAGACCUUCCUGAGAAAGCUUUUCCCUAUGAGGUUCUUUCACAUAUUCAGCUGCCAGAAUGCUGUAAAGGCAGUAUAAGUGCAAAUGCCACUGAUCAUGGAACUUGUCUGCUUAAAGCUCUUAUUGAGUGCUUAGUUGGCAUGACAAUAUCCACCGUUGACCAAACUGAAGGACUAUGCAUUUCAGCUCUGCAUCAAUCAAGUGGUUACUCAUUCAGCCUAACGUGGAUAAACAAAACAGGCGGAGAGGAAGCUGAGUUAGUGUACCGGGUAUCGUCAUUAGGGACAUUUGAGAGGGUGGCGCCAGAGUGGAUGAGGGAUGUCAUUAUGUUCAGCACAAAUAUGUGCCCCAUUUUCUUCGAGAGAUUAAAUCGUGUAAUCAAAUUGAAUUGCUAACUGGCAAGUUAUCUCCCUCUUUCUC